ACAUUGUGAUUAUCAUACCGGAAGUGCUAGUCUGAGAUGUCGGCGCGGAAACCGAAAAGUAGGGAAACGGAAUGGCUGAAAAAUGUUCAAAGUCUAAACUAAAACGUAAGAAGAGUUCCGUGGAGGACCUGCAGUCCGACUUAUGUUCCUUGGGAGCACCGAAGAGGAGCCGCAGUGUAACUCUGCUGUCCGGAGACGGAGCAACAAACUCUGACAGGUCUUCGCUCCAUGCAGCAGGAUCAUGGUGGAACACACUGCAGCCCCCUGCUGUGGAGAGCCUGUGGGCGUUCACACUGAUGUCUGCUCUGCCGCACCUGCAGAACCAGCACCGGUUCCCGGUUCCUGAUCUUCCCCUUCCUCCUGCUGUGAGACCUGCAACACCAAAGCUAGAGGAUCAUUGGAAAUAUGACCUCCUCAGUGAAGUUCCUCCCUUUCCAGAAAUCUAUCCACUUACCCCGGAGACUCCACCAGGCUUAGAUCCUCUCAGCGUAUCUUCUUCACAGGAGAAUGUCCCAUUGCAGACCAGGCCUUCUCUAAAGACGCCUGACAGAGGUCCUACCACUCACAACAGACAGAGUCCUGAACAGCAAACCGAGCCGUGCCAACCCCUGCUCAGCAGGAGUCAAAGGCCGACUGUACACAGGUUGGAGAAGGCAGCAUCAUCUUCAGCAGGACAGCCGUGGGUCAAAGGAGAACUAAAACGGUGGAGUGGACCAGUGAGCAGACAGCUUCAAACUGAGUUGGUGAAAGUUUCCAACCCACCAGUUUCUACAGGUGAAGAAGAUCAGGUGCAGAGAGUUGGCAAACCUGAAGAAGCAGCUCUGCAGAGCUGCCCCAUGUGUCUACAAGGGUUCCCUGCUGGGUUCACGCAGAUGGAGCGGGACAGCCACCUGGCCCAGUGUUUCUCUGAGAUGAAUGUGGACAUGACCUGGUGAGGCGACAAGAAGCUGGCUACGAUCCCGGAUUUGCAGGCAACACAGAUGCCCCGGCACAGUCCAGGAUCCGGUUAAAUGGAAGAGGAAGUGGUCUGAGUGCAGCACCUUGAAGGAAUUAAGUUAUUUACUGAGCUGCUGAAACUUUCCAUAGGCUCUACAAUGAGAACCCAGCGGGUCAGAACUGAUGGAGAAUUAAUGGGGAUAUUCACUUCCACAGAGAAGGAGGUGGGAAGAACCUUCCUGUUAAGGAAAAUUCCCCAAAACUGUUCAUGCUUUUUAUUCCAUCACAUCAGAACACAUCACUGUUUAGUCAGAUUCUGUUUCCACACAGUUACUGGGGUGGAGAUCUGGGGGAGUGUUACUGUUUCUGAAGAAAACGUUGGGUGUAGCUGCUUCCUUUUCAACGAUUUGUCACAUUUAAAGCAGGUUCAGGAAACAUAAUGUUGGCCUCAUUGCAUAAUUAGCCAAGUCAUGACUUAGGUUAUUAUGCUAUGAGGCUAAUGAUAAUUAUCUGCAUUAAAAUCCAAGUUCAGGGAAACCUGCUGAGAAUUCCUUCAGGUCCUGCUCAUUGGAUAACUUCAGUUAGGUGGAGUUUUAACACUAACCCGCAAAACAGAAUCAAGAAUGAAAUAAAAACAUGGUUUCUGUUUUAUAAUCCAUGAUUUUGCUCACAUAAACUCAGCAACAACAAUGUAAUAAUAUCUGCAUUACAUGUUCAGCUGCUGUUGGAUACUUCACAGUAGGAGGUGUUGUUAAACUGAGAUGAGAAAGCCCUCGGGUUGAGGCAUGUAUGUUAAGCAGAGGGUCAGUUUCCUGUGUUGGGAUGGAACACAGGAUUCCUAAGGAAUGAGGGGUAUUCCUAAGGUGAUUCCUGACUAAUGAAAUUUGAAUGGCUUGAUUGACAUGAAAUCAUUCUGGACUGUGAGAUGAAGAGGAAAUUCUGGUGGACCAGUUCAGUCAAAUGUUGGUACCUAGAUGACAUUAAGAACUUGCAUGCAUGUAUGUUGUCCAUUUGAGGCUUUAAACUUUUAUUAAAAAUACUUGAUUUAAAAAAAAACAGAAA